AUGUCGGACCUGUAUAACUGGAAAGCGCAGAACACCCCCUUUUCUGAAAACCCCCAAAGCUUAAUUAAUUUGUUAGAUUCUAUAUUGUUUACUCAUAACCCCACUUGGGAUGAUUGUCAACAGCUAUUACAGGUUUUGUUCACCACUGAAGAAGAGAGAAUCCUGACCAAGGCCAGGAAGAAUGUACCAGGGGACAAUGGACAGCCAACAACGCUACAGAAUCUUAUUGAUGCUGGGUUCCCGUUAUCUCAUCCCGAUUGGGAUUGAGCUUUAAAAGGUAGGGAGCGUCUCCAAAAGUACCGCCAGAUUCUAAUGGCCGGUCUCCGAGCGGCAGCGAGGAAGCCGACUAAUUUGGCCAAGGUAAACUCAGUCAGACAGGAACUGACAGAGAGCCCUGCAGCAUAUCUAGAGAGGUUAAUGGAAGCAUUUAGGCUGUAUACCCCUAUGGACCCACAAGCCGAUGAGAGUAGAGCAGCAGUGGUCCUAUCUUUUGUAAACCAAGCGGCCCCUGAUAUCAGAAGGAACCUUCAGAAGAUAGAUAGAUUAGGUGAGCAGACCCUACAGGACUUAAUGAAAGUAGCUGAAAAGGUAUAUAAUACUAGAGAAACCCCAAAGGAAAGGGAGGAAAGAAUAUGGAGGGAGGAAGGAGAAUUCCAAGCUAAAGAGAAUAAACAAAAUCAGAAGGAGUUAGCAAAGAUUUUCUUUGCUGGAGCUCGGGGAGACAUAGGGAGAGGGAGAGGAAGGAGACCAGACCAACAUGACAGAACAUUGGUGACAGGCGAGGACAGAGACUAGGGGAGAUGGGACUCAGAACCCCUCCCUGAGUCUUGGGUAACCUUGAAGGUGGAGGGGAAGCCAGUAGAGUUCCUGGUAGAUACAGGGGCUCAGUACUCCAUCCUCAAUAAGAAAGAGGGAAAGAUUUCUUCAAAAAAUAGCCUGGUCCAGGGGGCAACAGGGGCAAAGUGGUAUCAUUGGACAACGCAGCGACAAGUGAACCUGGGAACUAAAUGGGUGUCCCAUUUAUUCUUAAUUGUACCUGACUGUCCUGCACCACUGUUAGGAAGAGACUUAUUGUUCAAAGCUCAAGCACAUAUAUUCUUCCAUAAAAAUGGUGUCCAGGUUACUGAUGGGGAAGGCUCUCUGCAGGUUCUAACGAUUGCCUUACACAAUGAAUACUGCUUGUAUAAAGGUGUAGAAGACCAACAUACAGGCUUGACGGAUAUGACUCCGUGGCUGGAGGAGUUUCCCCAAGCCUGGGCAGAGACUGGAGGAAUUGGAUUUGCGACACACCGACCGCCCAUCAUUGUGGACUUAAAACCCUCUGCCAUACCUGUAAGAGUCCGACAGUAUCCCAUGCCCAGGAAAUCCCGGGAAGGCAUACAACCCCAUAUCCAGCGGCGAUUAUGGGAAGGGGUACUAAAGAGGUGCCGGUCUGCAUGGAAUACACCUCUCCUACCAGUAAAGAAACCAGAGGGAGAAUACCGACCGGUGCAGGAUCUGAGAGAGGUAAAUCGCCGGGUUGAAGACAUAUAUCCCACAGUCCCUAACCCUUACAUGCUGCUCAGCAAUAUUCCUCCAGAUCAUGUGUGGUAUACUACCUUGGGCUUGAAGGAUGCUUUCUUUAGCCUGCCCCUAGCCCCGCAGAGUCAAGACAUUUUUGCCUUCAAAUGGUUUGACGAAACGGAUAAAGUCCUCAGCCAGCUGACCUGGACAAGAUUAGUCUAAGGGUUCAAGAACUCACCCACUUUGUUCAACGAGGCCUUGAGUGACGACUUACAUGAGUACCGGGGUCAAAACCCGCACGUAACUUUACUACAAUAUGUGGAUGACUUGUUAAUAGCAGCCCCUGACUGGGCAGGGUGCUUUGAAGCAACCAGGAAACUUCUCACCACUCUAGGAGAACUGGGAUAUUGAGCUAGUGCCAAGAAAGCUCAGAUAGAUAAGCCAGAAGUCACAUACUUGGGGUAUAAGUUGAGAGCUGGGCAGAGGUGGCUCACUGAAGCCGUGAAACAGACUAUCCUACAGAUUCCCUGACCCACAAGCCCGAGGCAGAUAAGAGAAUUUUUAGGAACAGUAGGUUAUUGCAGGCUGUGGAUUUUAGAUUUCACCACAAAAGCGAUGUCACUCUAUGAGCUCAGAAGAGAAGGGUCAGAGUGGAACUGGACCCCAGAGAGGGACUCAGCUUUUAAACAACUUAAGGAAGCACUCCUUAAGGCCCCAGCAUUGACAUUACCUGACCCCACUAAACCAUUUCAUCUGUUUGUCGAUGAGAAAAAAGGAAUAGCCAAGGGGAACAGUGACCUCAUCUGGUUCACAGAUGGAAGCAGUUUCGUACAGGAUGCACUAAGGUAUGCAGGGGCUGUGGUGGUAGACAACCGGGAAGAAAUUAUUUGGGCCGAUGCUUUACUGCCAGGAACUUCCGCUCAGAAAGCUGAACUUACCACCCUGGUGGAAGCAUUGGAAAGGGCGGAGGGGAAGAGGCUAACGGUAUAUACUGACAGCCGGUACGCAUAUGCGGCUCUUCAUAUACAUGGAGCCAUCUACUGGGAGUGUGGGUUCAGAACCACAGAAGGAAGAGAAAUAAAGAACCAGACAGAAAUCCUCCGCUUACUGUCAGCUGUGACCCGGCUGCGAAUGGUAGCGGUGGUUCCCAUCUCGGGACAUCAGAAGGGAUACUCCCCUGAAGCAAGAGGCAACCGAGCAGUGGACCAGGCAACUAAGAGAGCUGCCCUCCAAGCAGUACAAACUUUAGUAACUAACUUACCUUGCCCGCAACUGGAACCCCUGCCCCCUACUCCCAACUACUCUGAACAAGACAUACAGUGGGCUGAAAAAUCACCACAGAUAGAAAAAGAUCAGAAUGGAUGGUAUAUGGACUUAGAGAGAAAACUGAUUCUCCCAGAUGAAUUGGGGUGGCAUCUUCUCACACACCUCCACCAAGUGACUCAUUUAGGGGAAUGGAAAAUGUUGGAGUUACUGGAAAAAGGGCAGGUCCAUAUACACCAUCAGAAGCAAGCGGCUCAGAGUGUGGUAGACCAGUGCCGGGCCUGUCAGGUCAUGAAAAUAGGGAAGAGGAAGAACACACAUGCAGGCCUAGAUACCUCUGCCUUGCAGAUUGGGAGGUUAAAACCUCUCCAUGAAGCUGAUGAGCCUCAAGGGAAAAGAGCUAAAGCUAAUGAGUCUCAUAAGACUCUAUCUAAACAGAUCAAUUCUAAAUCUGCAAAAAUGGAGAUCUGA